UCUGGAGUCGUGUGUCUGUAUUUUGUAGCUUCUCUAUGAACUGAUCGGAUGAAGCUGUUCAGGGCCAAGGCUGUUAUAUUAUUGUUGGACGGUUUAGCUGUAGGGGAAAUGUUUUCCGUGCAAGAAUAAGUCUCCGCUUGGAUAUUACCCACUGGCAGAUCCACUCCGCUGAUACCCCAAAGUCUCUACCUACACACGCGAUGGUAUUCACCAGACUCUCCUCACAGGAGAAAGAUGCCUUCUUCGGGCUUCUAGACGAGUACUUCCAGUCCCGUCCCGAAAUCCUUGCCAACGUUAACACAGGCACCAGCAAUGCCCAAGACCCAUCCGUAGCCGCUGCAUCAGCCGUUCACCGCGCUCUCGCCAAAAACCCAGAAGUCACCUCCAAGAUCGUCUCCGCCGGAGUGACACACGGACUUGCAAAGUCCAAUAACCCAUAUGCAUCCACGAUAGCCAGUAAUCCACAAGUGAGCAAUUCCGUAGGAAGAGUAGCAGCAGCUUCUCUCGCGUUCACUGGAGGCUCAAGCAAUGCAUUCUCAUCGUCGAACGCUUCAAAAACCCUAGCUCCUCCCCUCUCUUCCCAUAGCUCUAGUGCACACAGCGCAUCCUCGUCAGUGUCUGAGAUCGAUAAACUAAUCACUAAAAAGUCCAGUGUCUUGGGCGCCUUCAAGAAAGCGCCCACAGUGAACGUAGCUAUGCCCCCUGCAUUCCCCGUGCCCAAGACGUCAUACGGCCCGCCUCCUACUCGGCGCACGACGUCAGAAACGAGCGCUGCUGAGCCUUCUGCUGCUAGGUCCCCACCACCCUCCCUCCCACGGCGUGCGGUUGAACCGGAACCCGAGGAACCACAAGGGGAGUGGGCAGAGGUCUUGUAUGAUUAUAGUAGUGAGGAUCCUGGCGAUUUAGAAGUUCAAUCUGGCUCUCGUGUACUUGUGACUGCAAAGUCUUCUGAUGACUGGUGGACGGGUCAGAUAGAGGGCCAAGGAAAGGAGGGAUUGUUCCCUGCCUCAUACGUGAAACUGUUGUAAUAUUUAUUUGACAUUGAUGCAUACUAUAUCGUUUCACAUGUAAUGCGGCAAGUAGACCUACAGCAAUCGGACAACUACUUAUCCAGUCAUUACAAACGGGCUUGAAAUCAUAGUAUAUAUUUAUGUAGACAUCCUCUGAACUACAAGUAAUUGACAAGCAGUAUGGUCAUCUCACGGAUACAGAACGAGAGUAGGAAUA